AUGCAACAACAACAACAACAACAACAUGUUAUAAACAAAGAUCCUAUUGUCAUUGCAAUUGACAAGAGGAUAAAAAACAGGACAAUGCACUAUGAUAGACUAGUAAAGGAGUUGAUGACCAAGAUGCCAGUGCCAACUCCUGAAAUGGUUGCAAUCUACACUGUACAACAAAUCAAUGCCUACAAAGUGGAUCGUCAGAAGAAGAUAGACAAGAUUAUAUCCGCAAAGACUGCUUCACUGACUGCACUCAACAAACAAAGAACUGACAGGAGCUUGCUCAACAGCCACCUCGAGCGCAACCUCAAAAGCCAAUACCACCUCAACAACCUCAAGUUCAACCUCAACAACAGCUCCAACAACCUCCACCGAGUACACCUCCACCAGCGGUAG